AAAAAACUGAAGAAGAAUAAAAUAAUUGAGAAAGUGGUGUUUUGAACGGAGUCUACAACGGAGUUGUUGCAGAAGAAGCGAAGCAAAAGGACACAAUUGUCCAGUUUUGCGAAACUUGAAACGGCGUCGUUAAUGGUUCUUCCUCCUCCAGUUAUGGUCGACGAAAAAUCCUCCUCUACUGUCAUCGGCGGCAGAGAUCGAGAGCUUCUCAUCCCCGUCGCUAAUUCCGGCGACCACUCCAAUGCUUCCAAACCUUCUUCGUCUUCCUCCUCCGUUCAUCAUGCCGGCCGCGAGACUUUUUCCAAAGUUGUUCAGAGCUGGGCAUCAAAAAAGUUCAUGACCGGAUGUGUCAUUCUUUUUCCAAUUGCAAUCACCUUCUACAUUACCUGGUGGUUCAUUCAUUUUGUGGAUGGGUUUUUUUCUCCGAUCUAUGUUCAUCUUGGAAUCAAUAUCUUUGGUCUUGGGUUCAUAACUUCCAUAACCUUCAUCUUCUUGAUCGGGAUUUUCAUGUCAUCAUGGUUGGGUGCAUCUGUCCUGGGACUUGGGGAGUGGUUUAUCAAGAGAAUGCCUCUUGUUCGUCAUAUCUAUAAUGCUUCUAAGCAGAUUAGUGCUGCGAUAUCACCAGAUCAAAAUUCACAAGCCUUCAAAGAAGUAGCCAUCAUUCGACAUCCACGUGUAGGUGAAUAUGCAUUGGGAUUCAUCACCUCGUCUGUUGUCCUUCAGACUUAUUCUGGAGAUGAGGAGUUAUGCUGUGUCUAUGUUCCCACAAACCAUCUUUAUAUCGGUGAUAUAUUUCUCGUCAACACCAAGGAUGUCAUUAGGCCAAACUUAUCAGUCCGGGAAGGAAUUGAAAUUGUCGUUUCUGGAGGCAUGUCAAUGCCGCAGAUCUUAUCGACGCUUGAUUCACAUGUUCCGGUGGAAAUAAGUAGACCUGAUAGAAGAUGACAGUUAAAGGUAUAGUAGUUGUUUAUUUAACAGCUAAUUUCACAUGGAGAUAUCAGAAUGGCAGCGCAAGCAAUGUGUUGGAAAUACAGGCAUGGAAUUUACGCGUUGAUCCGCGAACCAGUGUUAGAUCGAUAAAUUGUGAUGUUUUGUGUAACAUUCAUUCCGGCAAUAGAAUGUAGAAUUUAGUGUUUGUUUGAAAAUAUAGUUUGGGUGAUGGUACAGGGUUACAACAUUCUAUUGAGGUAGGGCUCUAAAAUUUAGUACUUGUGCAUAUCUUGGCGGUCUCCGUUUGUUAUAGCAAUUCAAUUUUGUAGUGCUGAUUACUUGCUUUCAGCUUAAUAAUAUAUUAUGUUUCUACGGUGGUUUUCAUUUCA